AUGAGCCAAACAACCAUGGCCGGCUUGGACGUCAUGCCUUACUGGGUGAAGAUCAAGGCGCUCGUCGACUCAUCCCAGGUGAAGCCGUUCAAUAUCUUGAUGUUCGUGGGGCUGCUGUCGAUGAUAUGGUACCGAAAAUGGGUAAACGUGCAACAUGCGAAGAAAUUGCAAAAGAUGCGCUCCCAGAGCGCAUCCAAGUUUCCGGAAAUUGAGCCGCUAGAAGAUUUUGAGUGGGAGAAAACGGAACCGUUGCAGUUUAGACCGUUUAAGCCGAAAUACCAUCUGACAAUGGCACUUGAAAACCUCGACCCAAGUGAACUUAUCCCCAUGGAUAACACAUAUAAAGAGCGAAUUGAUAUCCGUCGACAAUUGCUUAAGGAUCAUUACGAUGUCGUUCUAGGCGUCAAUAAGAACAAGUUAGGCGAAGAAGAUCCUCGGGUUCGCGCUGCUGUGGGAGAACUCUAUCAAUUCGUUUUAGGAAACUAUUUGCCAACUAGAUACCCGAAGAUGUUCAAGCUUUUAGAAGCUAAUUUCGAGUCAGGAAAGACAAUGCUUGUUCAGAAUCAAAUUACAAGAGAAAUGCUGCCUACGACAUUGAGUCCUGGUAGACCCACAAUCAUGGCGCUGGAGACCUUAGCGAAGACUGUGGAUGAAGAGAUGUUGAUCCUAUUACCCGAAAUCAAAGAGUCGAAUUCGGAGAACAAGAACCAGAAAUAUGGACAAGGACGUGGUGAGAAGGAAGGAUCUGAUCCCCCAUCGCCUGAUGACGAGAAUAAAUAUGUCCUUGAGGCGUAUGCAACAUGUUUCCCUUCUGGUUUCGAUACACGGACGAAACUCGGGAGGAAGCUCAGUGAAAUACAUGAUCCUGUGCCUGGAUAUAAACAGAAGCUGGAGAAGAGUAUGGAUCGAUUUUUUGAUAAAUUGGAAGUGGGCAAGUUUGUGAAGCGGUUGAACUGGACUAUGACUACGGAUGCGGAUUUAUUUUCGGCCUUUGGCGGUAUUCAUGCUGGAGAUGGAGAGGAUAUGACACCCUUGAAGGUUGAGGAUCUUGAUUUGAAUAAUACAUUCUUGCGCUGCGAGAGACAGAGUCUCUAUCGUCUGCCUACAUCAGGGGCAUUAGUGUUCUCGUUCCAUACAUACCGCUACCCAAUCCAACAAAUUAAGGAGGAGGGGUCCGGAGAGGAUUUGGCGGCUGCCAUUGAUGGAUUUGAGGCUGGAAGUACACCAUUGAUCGGCCGAUAUAAGCGCGUCCCAGCAUGGGGAGAGGCUGUCAAGGCGUAUUUAAGAAGUUAG